AAAGGCCAAUAUAACCAUCUAAGAGAAGGAACUCUUGAAUUGAAGAGAGAGAGAGAGAGAGAGAGAGAGAGAGUUUAUUAAUUCUUUCUCUCCAAAAUGGGGAUUAGGAACAAUUACUCCCAUAUUGUUCAAGACAUGGAUCUUUGCUUUCAAGCUCCAAACUUCAUUGAGUGGUUAAAACCAUCAUCUAAUUCUUCUUCUUCAUCUCCCUCUCCUUCUUCUUCCUCUUCUUCUUUAUCCACCAUCACUCAACCACAACUGCUAAUUCAUCAUGAUCCAAUAAAUCCCAUGACUUUCUUGAAACUUCCUCUCCUUUACAAUCCACAAGAAGUUCAAAAUAUGAACAUUAAUCAAGCAAUUCAAUGUUUACCUCUUCUUAACAAAUUAACCGAUCCGAAAACGGAGAGGAAGGAGGAAGAUAUUGGGGAAAGAGAAAAGGAGUGUUGUGAAGUGAAGGAAGAAAAGAUGGAGAAAGUUACAGUUUCUUUGCAUAUAGGGCUUCCUGCAGAUAGUUGUGAUGUUGAAACAAAGCCUUUUAGCUUCAAACAGGAAGAAGAAAAUAGAGAGAAAAAUAGCAGUAAAAUUAAGGGUUGCAAAUUCAACAGUGAGAGUAGGUUUUGGAUACCAACACCAGCUCAAAUUCUUGUUGGUCCCAUGCAGUUUGCUUGUAAUAUAUGUAACAAGGCCUUCAAUAGGUACAACAACAUGCAGAUGCACAUGUGGGGGCAUGGUUCGGAAUACAGGAAAGGACCGGAAUCACUAAGAGGAACACAGCCAGCAGCAAUGCUGAGGCUUCCUUGCUAUUGCUGUGCUCAAGGCUGUAAGAACAACAUCAACCAUCCACGAGCAAAGCCAUUGAAGGAUUUUCGAACCCUUCAAACACACUACAAGAGGAAACAUGGAACCAAAGCAUUUAGUUGCAGGAAAUGUGGGAAGACAUUUGCAGUGAAAGGAGAUUGGAGGACACAUGAGAAGAAUUGUGGCAAGCUUUGGUAUUGCAUUUGUGGAUCUGAUUUUAAGCAUAAGAGGUCUCUUAAAGAUCAUAUUAGGUCAUUUGGUAAUGGCCAUUCUCCUCACCCUUCUCUUAAUGGCUUUGAAGAUGACAAUUUUAAUAAGGAGUGCACUAGUGAUGAUGAAGUUAAUCUCACUAAUUAAAGGAAAUUAUUCUUCAAGAGUAACCAAGAAUUUCUCUUUGCUAAUUCAAUGAAAUUCUUGACUACUCUUGGAGUUUACAUGUUCCCUUCAAGCCCUUUUUUAUUUUUAUUUUUUUUGCGUUUUGGUAUUUGGAAAAAUGUGCAACCCUGGCAAUUGGUCGGCAACAAAAAAUUCUCAGGCAUGGGAGGGGUUUGUUGAGAAGCAUUAGCAUGGUGGUGAGCAUUAUUAAGUACUACAUAUAUAGAAGAUUGGUUUUUUUUCUUCACUAAUAUAAAUUAGUGUAUUUGUAAGAAUAAGGUUGAUGAGCUAAGUCAUGAAGCAGGUGAAUUUUCUUCUUUGUUGAGCUACUAAGUUUCUUAUUCCCUUGUGAUGAUGGGGAAAAUUUAUCAGCUUCAUUGCUAACUUUUGUAAUAUUAUUCCAUAAUGUAAUGAGUUCCAUUGUUUGUGUC